AGGGUUUGAUGGAGAUCUGGUCGGAUGUCAGCGGGAACAAUCGUGAUAGCGGGAGGAAUUCUUGCCGGAGUGAUCCUGCUGUGCAUCGUGGCGGUCCUCUGUUACUGUCGACUGCAGUACUACUGCUGUAAGAAGAAUGUCUCUGAGGCGGCCAGGGGCCCGGGCCCGGCCCCGGCGCCGGCGUCCGCGACGCUCCCGGACGCACUCCCCGACCCUCUGUCCCACUUCCCGUGCGACACGUGCAACGCGCUGGCCAACGACGGCGCCGCCAUCCCGCCCGUGUCUUUGGACCAGCUGGACGCCGCGGCCCCCCCUUGCCGCGCCUGCUCGCCGUACGCCGGCCGCGCCGCGCCCCAAAUGCUCAACGGGGGCGAGCGUCUGGGCUUCCACACGUACUACGAGAAGCCGCUGCCUUUGGGCUACGUGUGCCCGGCCCCGCCGCUCAGGCCCUACAGCACUCAGAUGCUGGAGCAAAUGAGCGAGGAGGAGAUCCUGGCCUGCCUGGUGGCCGAAACGGGACCACACAUCCAGGAGGUCCCGACGAAGAAAGCCAAACUGCGAGAAAGCCGCCUUCAACUGAUGGAGGACGACCCCCUCAACAAGUGCCAGAUGGAGAACCACCGUCUCCAGCAGGCCAGCCUCCGUCUGGAGCAGGAGAACGACAACCUGGCCCAGAGGCUCAUCACCAGCAAAGUGGCCCUCAGGAGCGCCCUGGAUAAAGCGGAGGACAGCGUGGAGGAGCUGACCGGCGACCUUUUGCUGACCCGGCGUCAACUGCAGGCCACCGAGGAGGAGAAGCGAGGGAAGGAGGAGGAGGCGGCCAUGUUGAAGGAAGUGUUGCGGCGGGAGCUGGAGCGGGCCGAGCAGGAGGUCAAGCGGUCGGCGGGCAUCAUCGCGGACUACAAACAGAUCUGCUCCCAGCUGACGACCCGUCUGGAGAAGCAGCAGGACGCCCACUUGGAGGAGGUCCGCUCGCUCGAGAACGCCGCGAAGGCCUGCCCGCAGUGUCGCCGUCACGACGGGCAAACGGCCGCGGGCGAGUCCGACGCGUCGCCUGCGCUUUCGCCGCCGCCCGAGUGGGAUCGGCGGCUCUCGGGCCCCAGCGAGGCCCAGCUGAGGCGGGAGAACCAGGAGAAGGAGUCCCUCAGGGCGCAGAUCAGGCAGCUGGAGAAGGAGCUGGCUCAGACUAAACUGCAGGUGGUGGAGGCCAACUGCAAAAUCCAGGAACUGGAGCACGAGAGGGGCAUCCUGGCCAACGACCUCCAGGACGCCAGGAACAACUGGAUCAGCAAGGCCUUCACCUCGCUGCGCACCUCCGCCGACGGAGGCCCGCACGGGGGCGCCCUCUCCGGGUGGAAGCUGCCGUGGCCCCACAAGGAUGGCCGGGAAAAUACGUGACGCUGCCGGGUGAGUCGGCGCGACCGCGUCCUGUUCCGGACACUAGAGGGCGCUCGGCGGCGGGCGAAGCUUCUGCGCUUUAAGUGGGACCCUCGCGACUUCAACGGGAGCUUUUUCAUUCAGUUUGAAAGAAAUUAGUCAAUCUAAAUAUUUGGUCUUGUUUCUGGGAAAAUGUACGUUUUUUUUUUUUGUUUGUUUUUUUGUUUUUUUUUUUAAACCUAAAAAGCAAACAAAAAGUCAAUAUUUGUAGAGCUAAAAAUGAAAACGUUUGGGAGUUCUUUUGAACAAUCGUUUGCUUUGACUGGUUUUCAGUACACACAAAAAUAACAUAAAAAUCUGAAUGGAUAAGGAUUUUUUUUUUUCCAAACAAAAAAAAAGAAGAAAAAGAGGGGUAUUUUGGGGUUUUUGGAAAAAAAAAAAUAAUU